GACUUUGCCAGCAGUUGUUUGAUUAUUGUCAACAUAUUCAUCUAUUAGUCUCUAAACAGAACCAAAGCACACGACCUUUCUACAAACUAGUCUUCAUCAACUUCAACAUGAGCCACACCGCCAACCCCGACUCCUUCGACAAUGGUAAGAACCAGGACUUCAUCCAUCCCAGUGUCCAGCGUUCUACUCCCAUGAGAAAGGAUGGCCACCAAUUAGGCACAAAAGUUAGCCCUGCAGACUUCAAGCCAGAGUUCCGUGCUGAGACUCAUCCUCCCGGCACUGCUCCCGCCAGCAACUCAUACACCCCGAACACCACCGGAGAGUCUGGCGGCCAGGCCUUGAACCCCUUGGUCGAGCGCAGCCAUGGAAAGGAGGCCGUCAAGACCACUGCCGAGUCGACCUUGAGGGGAGCCACCUCCAAGGACGUCCACAAGGGUCUGGGCCACCCCGGCUCUGGCCAGACCAAGACCGAAAUGAAGCACGACGGCCAACACCACCGGAAGCACGAGGGUGCUGGCCUCGAGGGCGUUGGCAGCUACCGUCAGGACAAGUUUGAGCGCACACUGGCUGACCAGCGCGGUAUUGAGCGCGAAGAGGCCAGGCCCAACGAGCACGGCGACAAGGGCGUUUCGGCUGCCGAAGAUAUCCCUCCCCAGUCGGCAGAGACGGCGGCUCACGAAUGGAAGUAUGAGCCUGGUACGAAGAGGGAUAACGCUGCCAGGCACUAGGCGAGUUAAAAAGCGGGAUGAGAUAUUUUUCAAUGUUCUAUUUUCAUUUUUUGUAUAAAUCAUCCAAUUAGCGCGGGUAUCACGGUCGGCAUUUGCUAUGCACAUAAAUGAGACGGUCCUCAAAUGGAAC